AUGCGGUUGUCCUCAGUGCCCGCCGCUCUCCUGGCGGCCCUUGCAGGGACUGCACAGGCAGAACAUGAUGCGUCCGACCUGAAGAGCAUCUCGCUGCGAACACACAGCAUUCAGCAGCCCUACCUCGAUUCGGAUAUGCAGAGCCGUUGGUUCGAUUUUGGAGGAGAUACUAUUGUUCGAACCGACUCUUACAUUCGCUUAACAUCCGAUCUUCCCUCUCAAUCUGGCUGGCUGUUUUCUCGUGUGCCUCUAACCGCAACCAACUGGGAGGUCGAGGUUGAAUUCCAGAUCUCAGGAAAGAACCAGCUCUAUGGCGAUGGCCUCGCCAUGUGGAUCACCAAGCAGCGCGGUCAACAGGGCUCCGUCUUUGGAGCUGCCGAUCGAUUCGAGGGUCUGGGGAUCUUCGUCGACACAUACAAGAACAACCGACCCGGAGUUGUGUUCCCCUACGUCAUGGCCAUGUACGGCGAUGGUCACCGCUCCUACAACAAGAACGACGAUGGCAAGGAGACCGAGUUGGCCGGUUGCUCAGCUCGUGGCAUUCGACAUGCCAGUGUCCCUACCAAGAUGCGCCUCACUUACAUUCAGGACAAGCAGCUUAAGCUCGACCUCCAGUACAAGGAGGAAGACGAGUGGACGUCUUGCUUCGAGGUCGACAAUCCUCCUCAGAUCCCUAACAUCGCCUACCUCGGAUUCAGUGCGGAAACUGGUGAACUCAGCGAUAACCACGACAUUAUCUCCGUCUCUACUAAGAAUUUGUACAACAGCCCUGGCAGCACGACCAACCGAGCGGGAGCCAGCAAGGGCCAAAAAGUCAAGAGCCACGUUGUCAAGGAGGGCGGUAGCUGGACCUGGUUCUUCACCAAGAUUAUCCUGUUCUUCUUUGCUGUUGGCGGUGCAUACGUGGGCUACACAGCUUACCGUACCAAGAGCAAGAGCCACAGAUUUUAA